AUGCGUAUGAUUGAAGUGCUUGCGAAUGACCGUCUUGGUCGCAAAGUUCGGGUCAAGUGCAGUCCUGAUGAUACUGUUGGUGAUCUGAAAAAGCUCAUUGCAGCUCAGACGGGGACAGCUCCUGAAAAGAUUAUUCUCAAAAAGGGCUACUCUGCCUUCAAGGACCACAUAACGUUGGCUGAUUACGAAAUUCACGAUGGUGACUCUUUAGAGCUGCAUUAG